CAUUUGCUGUUCCCGUACCGGUAGGAAACUUAAAAACCUACGAAGCCGUGCGAAAUGUGUUCCUUUCUGGAGAACGUUUCGUGGGUUGCUGUCGAAAUCAAAACCUGUGAUCUCAGGACAUUUGCAGUAGCAACGAGGAGAAAUUGGAAUCCUACCUAGCCAUGUAUCUCUCUGAUGUGCAAGACGAACAUGUGUGGACACGAUACAUGGCGGUCGAUAAGAUGCGACACUACAAGCAGGUCCUGUACUCCACCCAUGAUUUGAAACGAUUCUCGAUCAACGGAGAGACCUUUAGUCGGCAGGCCGUCGAGGACGAGAACAUUUUCGACAUUGUAGAUGCUCUGGUUCUGUACCAGGGCGGAAAAGAUUCUACAAUCCAGGAACUGGUCCUGGAAUCCUUUGUACUUUCGCCGGUAGGGUGGAAGUCUUUGUCCGGUGCGCUGCGCAAGCUGUUCCGGCUGAAGAAAUUGUUUCUGAGGGAAAUCCUCGUGGUGCCACCCAGUGGCUUCGACGACAGCAGGGACCACGACGACGGGAUCCGGCUGGUGGAAGGCCUUUCCGGCCUGGUGGAAGCCUGUCCCAACCUGGAGGAGCUGCACCUCGUAGAGUGCAACCUACACCCGCGGGCAUGCGGGUUUCUCUCGGGGGAUCUCUUCGAGGGGCCCUCUCCGCGACGGCCCCCCUCCCUGAGGGUCCUGUCGCUGGAGGGCAACCCGAUCGGGAACGAGGGGGUAUGCCUGCUCGCGGAGGCGAUCCGCGACAACGGCUCGCUGGUGGCGCUGGACCUCGAUCGCGUCGGGUGCUCGGGGAGCGGAAUGGCGGCCCUCGCGGAUGCCCUCGGCGACAACGACUGCCUCGAGUCGCUGAGCCUGGUGGGAAACGAGAUUGGUGGGGAGCGGGGGCCGCUCCGCGACGAGGACGAAAGGGACAUUUGCCCGGGGGAGGGAAGGGAUGCCGGAGAUGGCGCCGAUGCGGACAAGGCCGGGUGUCCCUUUUGCGACUUGCUGGCCAGAAACACGCGCCUGAAGCGGGUCCGGCUGUUCCAGACGGAAGCUAGCCAAAUAUCCCCACCGCCUCCACCGGUGAGGGAGUCGUUCGCGCACGUGGAUUUCCUCCUCCGAUUGAAUCGCAGGGGCCGCCGGUAUCUGGGGGAUGCGGACGUUAUACCAAAGGUCUUUCCCCUUAUGCUGGAGUCUGCUUCCGACGAUGCGGACGUCAUCUAUUCCUUUCUCAAAUCCCAGUCCGGCUUCACCAAGUAUCGGUCGCUGCAAUAGGUACCACCGUGCUGCGAGCGAUAGACGAUUUUGCGAGUGCAGCUGCUAAUUUACCCAAAAAAACUCCAAAAAUUCAGAAGAGGACGAAACCGAAGUCCAUUGAGAUAUACCCUCAUAAUUUUUAU